GCCAUUUUGAAAAUAUUUGGCACCAUCUGUCAACAUUUUCAAGUGGAUUUUCUCGCCUCUGUGGCGCCAUAGCGGAAGAAUGAGCUACGAAUUGCCAUGUAUGUCGUACAUGGCAAUGUAUAUCAUAUCUGUGCACAUUGUAAGCAGCAACUCUCGCAGUUCUCUGUCGGCAAAUCAUUGGAGGUUAAAUCUUGACGUUGGAAAAGUUGUUCAGGCCGAAGAUGACCAGUUGCCGGGCGGUCCGAGCGAUGAUCCGAUGUUUAGAAUUUUAACAAUAAACGGUUAGAUGAAGGUGGUUGGAUGGUUGACGAGCAUGUCGAAUGCUCCGUUUGCAGGAGAUGGAGAAGCAUGUUGAACAAAGUCCCAUUCCAAACCCUGCAAAGAUGUGAUUAUUGUGCCAUGCCGAGUGAAUCCCAAAAACAGACGAGUAAAAAGGAGGCCAAAGAACAUAAGGAUGAACUUAAAGAUAACAAGAGAGUACUGACUUGUGGUAAACCUGUGAAUUUUACUCAGUAUGACCAUCUACGAGGAAUCGCCAAUCGAAGCGAGCAUCCCCACGUUCCAGAACCGGAGGUCGCCUUGAUGUUCCGCAAGAAGGGAUCGAGGUCUUCUCCAGAAGUUGACAUGACAGAACUCGAAAUUAAAUUACGGAAGCAGAAGAAAGAGAAUCCCAAAUCUCCAGAUACACUCACGCAGAUUGGAAAUUAUUGGCGGAUAAAAGGCAACACACAGUUUUCCAUAGAAUGUUUCAGAAAAGCAUUGUCGAUCUCACCUAAUAGUCCCGAUAUCCUUUUAUACCUCGCAAGAAUUUUAUUUCAUCUGCAGUACCUAGACGACGCUAUUUUCUUAACGCGCAAGUCGCUUAUAAUGCAGCCAAACGAGCAAGACUCGUGGCAUCAACAUUUUACUCUGGGCGAGAUAUUAAAGGCAUAUGGCCAUGUUAAAGAGGCGAGUAUGCAUUUUGAACACGCCUUGGAACUCAACCCAGGUUUUCAACGGGCAGAGGCUCAUUUACGCGAUCUUAAAGGAGCCCCGAGCCCCUCGAUGACACAGUACACGUUGUUUAUCAUUCUCUUCCUAAUAAUGGGCGUAGUCUUCGGUGUUAUUACGUCGAUGGAGGCAAACUACGAUGAGGCUGCGGAGGGUAAACCCCAGCGACACUUCAACAGGGCUAUGGCCAUGCGAUCAAUGAAAUUGGGCAUUAAUCCGAAAUUGAUACGUAUGCGGAAAUUGAAUGGAGUGUAGAUGAUGUUGUUUGCAGUUUGAUUGGGCCAGUUAUUGGUUAAACCUUGAGCUAUGUGCUUUAGAAAUUCAUUUGGAAGUUUUGUUAUUGAUGAAGUCUUCAGUUACUUAAACAAAUGUUUAAAUUUUUGUUUACAACUAAUAUUUUGAUGAAACUAAUUACAUGGAAGCCAGGUGCAUCUUUAUUUUUAUAAUAAACACAUUUUUAGUACAGCUAGGCAAAGAAAACUUUGUUUGUUGGUUGAAAAGAUUAAUACAAUAUUAUUUUUUAUUAUAAUUAAAAUAUGUUAAUUUUAUUUUCAUGAAGGGAAAUGUUCACGAAUGGACGCAUUCUCCAAUGUUUAUCAUAAAUUCUUACAACAAAAGAUUUAUGUAAUGUAUAAUUGUAAACUAGGCAUAUUAACACUCAGAACAUAGAGCUGUACUAACAAUAUCUUCUUGUUAAAAGUUUAACCCUGGGUUUAAAAAAGUAUUAAGCAUUUGUUAUGCUUUUCAGUGAAAUUAGAUUACAGUACUUUUGUUGUUAAACAUUUCUUCAGAUUGUGGUGAAAACAUAGAUUACUUAUAAAAUGUACUACCGUUAUCUGCCAACAUGAAAUAUUCAAGCCAGAUAGGCAAAGUGACCUUUUCACAGGUUUUGGCAUGUAUUUAAAUUUGUCUUUAAACAUUUAAUAUUGAUAAAUGUAAACAUGGGAUCUAAAAAGCUCCCGUAAAAAAAAGAAAAAUAAAAUUAAAGAAAGAUAAAAAAGUAACACUCAACUGGGCUCGAACCGCUGACCCCUGAAGUAAAAGUCUAACGCUUAGACCACUCGGCCAUCCAUGCUUAUACAAUGACUGAUAUAUUUUAAACUUUAUAUAAGCAAUCCUCAUAGUGUCACAAAAUAUAUCAACAACAACGAACUCUCCAAAUUAUUCAAUCAUUUCGCGUUGCAAUGCUUUAUAAUUUUCAGGUUUUUAAAUCGUCAAAAGAUGCAUAUAAUUGAUAUUUUAGAGCAUGGUGAAUGUUCUGUUUAACUGUUUCCUCAUCAAUAUCAAAGCUACAAUGAAAAUUGCUAAUCUAAAACAUUUUCUUUUUCAAUUUACCAAAACUUGAAAAGAUCCCUUUCAGGCAUUUGUCUUUUAUUUAAUCUGUUUUACCCGAUUUGCGAGCAUUUUUUUCUUUUAAAUUUUUGUCGAAUUCCGACAUUGAAUGGCACAUUUCAAAAUAUAAAAAUUGUGAACAUUUCCCUUUCAUGUUUCUUUCCGGAAUAAAAAUCACAAUUUAUUUAUAAAUUUAUUAUGUGACAGAACAAACAUAAUUGUCGCAUAAUAAUUUUGCCUUACAUGACAAAGUAUUUUUUUAAGCUGAAAAAAAUAAUCUUGGACACUGACCUGUAUUUAAAUUGAUUUUACAAAUCUGAUUAUGAAAUGGGGUAAAGCCGAAAUUGUAUUUACUUUACAUGAGUGUGAACAUGUUGCAAAGUAUAUUGUUUGAUUAUUUUAGUAAAACAAUUCAGUAUACACUUUCAACAUGUUAUUAUGUUUAUUCUCAUGUCUAUUUAUUAGUAAUGUCUGAUUUAAACAAUGUAUAUUACUUUUUUGGUUACUUGCCAUGUACUCAUAUAUUUGUGAUUUUUAGUGGAUCAUUUACAAAAAUGGGAGGAUCAGAUUGCCAAAGGAGGAACAUGUUGUAUACAAAAAAGUAAAGAGAACAGCCAAAAUUAUAUUUGUAAAAUAUUAAAAACUUGCAGGGAAAUUAUAUUUUGAUUUGAUAUAUCGAGUCUUAUUGACAGCAUUGAAAGUGUUAUUCAAUAUACAAUAUUUACAAGCUUACCAAA